AUGGGAUACCCGUCCGUUUCUCUUACUGUGUCUCCCAUUAGUAUAACUGAAAUGAAAGGGACCAAGGAACAGGAAGAACUGGAUGAUACAGUCCUAGCCCACAGUGGAAGUUGCAGAGAACAUCAUGGGAAUGCAAUGCAGCCCUCUGUCAAGGAUAACAGUGGUAGCCAUGGCUCCCCUAUCAGUGGAAAAUUAGAAGGCAUCUUCUUCAGCUGCAGCACUGAAUUCAAUACUGGGAAGCCACCCCAGGAUUCACCUUAUGGAAGAUACAGGUUUGAGAUUGCAGCAGAAAAACUUUUUAACCCCAACACUAACUUAUACUUUGGGGACUUCUACUGUAUGUACACUGCUUAUCAUUAUGUGAUUCUUGUCAUUGCCCCUGUGGGAUCACCAGGAGAUGAAUUUUGUAAGCAGCGCCUUCCUCAGCUAAAUUCCAAGGAUAAUAAAUUUUUGACCUGCAGAGAAGAAGAUGGGAUGCUGGUUUACCACCAUGCCCAGGAUGUCAUUUUAGAAGUCAUUUACACUGACCCUGUGGAUCUUUCUCUAGGCACCGUGGCAGAAAUCACUGGUCAUCAGCUCAUGAGUUUAUCUACUGCAAAUGCAAAGAAAGAUCCCAGCUGCAAAACCUGUAAUAUUAGUGUUGGACGUUAAUGCCCACUUUUCUUAUUCUUAGUCCCCUUUCUUCCCUUAGGAGCAUUGAUCCUCUGUUGUCCAUUUUCAUCACCAGAUGUUUUCCACUGAAGCAUGCACAUGCCGCUCUCACCAAAAGCAAACUGCCACUUACCAAAUUUCAUUCAGAGCUGUUUUAGUGUUUCCUAUUCCCUACCCUUCCCCCUCCUUUCAAUGCUGAAAUAUCCUAAGUUGUCCUUCUGACACUCUGUUGCCUAGAUGCUGCAAUGUUUUAAUUUUUCCUUUAUGCCAAACAUAACCAAUUAUAUAAACUGCUUUAGCAAAGUACAAAAUAAUGGAAAAUAAUGGCUUAUAAAUGGUGUUUAAAUAUGCACUCAUUUUAAUCUACUGAGCAAAUAUUGGGAUUAUUCCAAACCGCAUGAAAGGGUAUAAUUGCAGCAUGAGUUAAAUCUUGAAGCCUAGAAUUGUCAGCACUUCCAACUUGUUGUUUGACAGUGUUAUUUAUAUUAGCUAACAGGAAACAACUACUGUGUUUCAACAUAAUAAAUAUAAUAGAAAAAUAUUUUAUUUGUAUUGUAUAAAAUAUUUACAAUCUUAUAGAAUAUAUAGAGUUACAUUUUAACAGCAAUUGUAUACAUGUCACGAAACCAUUUUCCCUUAUCAAAGAUGUAGUUUGUAAACCUCAAAUAGUUGUGUAUCUAUCUGUUCUGUUACAAGUAGAUGCCUUUAAUUAAACAAAUUUAUGAAGGACAUUAUGCUGAUUUAUAAAAUAUCAGGUAAAUACAGAGAAAACAAUAAGCCUCUGAAAUAGUCUGCUUCAGAAAUAGUCAGUAUUCUUCCCAUCCAAACUACGUGAAAGUGUGAAUUUGUUCAACAUCAUGCUUAAACAUUACAGAAAAGAGAAAUAUAAACAUGGUUGGUACAAGAGAAAAUGUGGACCUUUUACUUAUUUUUACAAAAGCAAAAGUAAUAAACAGGUGGUUGGUUUAGUACAAAAUAACUGCACACGCUAAAGUGGAUGAAGCAAAUAAAAUAUCCUGGCUUCUUUCCCAAGGUGUUGUAGCAACAAUUUCUAAACCUUUCAUUUUAUACAGAAUGGAGAACAACUAUAUAGUUCAUGGGAAAGUUUUUUGACUUCACAAAGUAUAGACCUUGGAACAUUAAAAAAAAAAUUUCCAAUGGAAAAAUAGUUAUAUAAUCUUAUAGUAAACAAAGAUUAGCAAUCAUAACUAUGAUCACAUUAGAUUAUAUACUAGACACAUCUAUCCAAAAUACCUAUUUUCAAAUUUUAAUACAAUAUUUUAUUUUAAUAUAAACAUCUGUUAUAUAGACAAAGAUAAUUCACAAAGUACAUGCUAUCAGAAUGAACUUUGGUAAUCAGAAAUGUAAAAUUUUAAGUAACAGAUAAAAUAAUGUGCUAUUUUUAUAUAGAAAUAAAAAUUAUCAGUGACACAUUCUAGUAUAUUUUAGGGUGCUGAAAGCCUAGCAAAUUUAAGGAACAAGGUAGUAGAUUUUUUUUUUAUCACUUAAAAAUCUAUUAGAAGUCUCAAAUAAAUUACAUUCUUACUAGCUGUAUUCCUUCCUACAUAAAAUAAAGUUUCUUUUCUUCCUCUUACUGACUUUUUAAAAUUAUGCUCUUUUCCAUAUGUCAAUAUAAGUAAUCUUUGGACACUAAGUAGACUUUCUUAACCAGUAGCCCAUUUAAACAGGUGGAUGCUUUGUGUUAUUUAGAUUUGAUAAAAUAGAUGCUUUCUGAAAUAAUUAUAUUGACUGACUGUGCAUUUUCUCCCUGGCAUGGAGAAGGCUGAAUUUUAUCUUCCAAUUAUACUGUUCCUUGUUGUAUCUCCUCCCUUUUUAAUCCCUUCUACUCAUUUAUAAUUACACUUGCCAUCCAUUCUUAAAAACAGCUAAUACACUAAAGUGCUUCAAUUUUCAUCUGUCAUAACUACUUAGCAAGAACGGCAGAGGAAAAUAAACUUGACUUAUCUUGGGUCAAAGUGAUCACAAACAUUUCCUGAACCUCAAAUAGUUUUGGCCACAUCUUGCUUGCUGAUGAGGACCUCUAAUAGUCUCAGUUUGGCUUUUAUAUGCUUGUAUUCAUAGUACUCAUCUGCCAUUGGUAUCCUAUCUUCCUUUUGUGGACUUCUGCAAAAAAGAAAAUAUCGUCCAUUAGUUAAUAAUGAACCAAGUCAUUAAAAAUCCUUUUCUAACUCUUACAUGAGAAAAGUACAGGGUAGCAGUUUCCACUUGAUUUUUUCAUCAUGUCUUUUUUUCCCUUCCCUUUUACCUUCAUUCACUCCUUCUUCCACGUGUUACUAGGUUUCAGUAUAACAGUACUCUGAGAAGUUAAAUAUUCUAAGUGUUUUGCAAAUAUAUCCAGUGCAUAAACAUAUAACGUUGGGGCAAGUGAAAAGUUCCGAGGGAAAUAAACAAAAGCCAGAACCCUCAAGGCAUUCUUAUCUAGUCAUUCUCCCAUGAUCCAUGCCUGUGUAGAAUGUUCAGCCCUUACAGUGAUAGUUGUAUUUUAAAAUAUCAACCUAAAGAUACUACAGAAAUUACAUUAACAGAAAUAACUUAUAAAUUUAUGGUAAUAGGAGAAGAAACUUAAGUAGUUACCUUACAAACAUGAAAUAUUUCUAAGUUUUCCUGUAAUUAUAAUACCUAACUCUGCUAAUGUAUAGUAGAAUCAGAGUUUUUUUAAGGAAUCUGAGUCUAAAUUCCAGUGGUUCUCUUUGCACACUAAUUGUACUAAGACUAGGCAUAUGAUGAUGCACAUAUUUUUAUACAUAUGCCUUCUAACUACCAGAUGUUCUUGACACUUAUUUUGAAGAAUAAUUGGAUAGCGUUUGGAGUUAAAGCCAUUGCCUUCCCAGAAAAAUACAUUGCCAGGAUAUGUUUUCUAAAGGAAAGUAGUUACUUCAGGAUCUCAGAAGGGUCUUUCCUCCUUUGUUAAUAAAGAUGGCCAAUUGCCUUUAAAAUAUUUCCACCCAUGACUUUGAAAUACAAGGGGUGGGUACACAGGUGAAGUCACCACAAUUCCCACUGAAUAUAAAUACAGAUACUCUCCAAUAUUAGUAUGGCUGAAAACACUUAAUAUUUUACCUGUACCCCUUCUCUUUUCCCAGUACUGAUAAAGAUAUAUUUAUAUUACUUCCAAAUAAAAGAACAGCUAAUCUAUAAAGAUCCCCUACGAAUGUAGUUACCUACUUAUGUUGUAACACUACAUAUACUGCCCUGAAAUUUCUAGUUCAGGACUCAGAACAGCACACAAAUCUUUAGACAGGGUUCCUCUUCAACGCUGUCUCAAUUAUUUAACAUAACUGCCUUGCCUCCCUUCAAUAUUCUGAGCCAAACUUAUCAUAACUGGGUGUCUAAAUACCACCUUAAUUUGUGUAAACAUAUCUAAGUGAAGAAAUGUUCUAAUUUAUAGGGAAAUACUAUAAGCCAUUAUGCAAUUGUCCCUGGUCCUGCAUACUCCGUUUUGGCUAAUAAACAAGAGUUCAUUGGCCAGAGUGAAAAUUUUUGCUAAGUAUUUCCUUAAGCAGUUUUCUCAUUAUAUAAAACAUACUAAAGUGUUUAGCACCAUUCCUGGCUCAUAACUGUUAAUGUCAUAUCUAGAUAAUUAUGCUUCUCACAUGGUGAAUGUUACCAAGGACACUUAUAGUACCUUAAAAUUUUUAGUAAUCCAUUUGCAUGGUUAUUUUAGCUAUUUACAGUUAACCCUUCCCAAUGAAAUGUUUUAGGAAAACAAGAUCCAUAUUUCCUAGCCAUUCAACUAUUUGAUUUUACUUGUAAUAUAGCACUACUUCUGCAUUUAGUUUAAGUGUAUUACCACAAGAGGGCAUAUAACCUCAAUCAAGUUUUAGGCAUAUCUGAAGUGAGUUUAGGACUCACUGGUGCAUUAGAAUACUAUACACAUAACAUAACUAACUUCCCUGUAUGUCAAAGGCAUGCCAAGUACCAGUGCAGACCCAUUUGGCAGGACUAGUAACACACUGGAAAGUUCUCAAACUCUUUAAAGUAAAUUUCUGGGUUCAGAUAGGUUAAAAAAAAAAAAUGUAAAAGUUGUAUGGAAAUUUUGUAAAGGAAAAAAUGGAAAUGGAGAAAGAAAACAAGAAAUUAUGUUUUAUAUUCUAAAUUUAACAACCGUGUAACAUUUCUCACUAGAUAAUAUCAGCAGAAAGGUAAGUAACUUGGACUUAUAACAGUCAACUUGAAGAUUCCACUAGAAAACUAGGUGGAUUACAUCUGUACUUGCUAAAUGCAAAAAGUUUGAGAGGUCCAGUCCUAGCGAACAGCCCUGGAGGACUGAAAUAGAAAGUUACUGACUAAGAGGUGAGUAGACCAAACUUGCAGGAUGCUUUUAGAAAACAGUCUCUUCUCCAUCAGGGCAGCCCUCAGGCUGCUGAAAUCAAAGCAAUUCAAGAAAGGCAGAUACCUAGAUGGAGAAGAACACUGAGGAGCCAGUUUAUCACUGACUCCUACCUCUGCCACCCUAAUAACUCUGCGACUUUGGGAAAGUUACACCCUUUAAAAUCUUUUUAAAGACUGACGUCCCACACGACAACUAUAGCUUCCCAAAGUAUCCCAGGAACUCUACUUACAACUGUGGAAACAGGCUCAGGAUAGCUAAUGGGCUUGUCUCUGUCUCUUCCAGAAGUAGAUUAAUAAUCCUUUUCUCAUGAUUUUAUAUAUAUGCAUAUAUAUAAUUUUGUUCACAAAACACCAAAAUUUAGAAGCAACUAAUGGAGUGCAUAGUGAGACUGGGUUGGCACAGAAAAAGAGAGGAUAUAGCUAAACAUUUAUUUAAGGGAUAGAAAGAAUAGGAAUGAACUCUUGACCAAAUCCUGAAAUAAAAUAAUUAAGGGCAGAUCCUGAAGCUUAAAGAAUAUAUUUAAAGCAAAUGAAGAAUUAUUUAAUAAAGUAGGGAGUAACCUGUGGAACGAAGUAACCGAGAACAAAGAAGUUAUAUGGGCUGAAAAAUCAAAUAUUAUAGUUUUUUUUUUUAAAGGUUUAGGUACAUUCAAUUGUAAUGAGAUUUAUUAUGCAAAGUUAGGGAUUUGGGGAGUUCAUCUUUUAUUUUUUAAAGCUUUGAUGUCUCAUACUUGAUAGCUACAGCCUCCCAUAAAACAUACCCAAUAAUGGUACUACCCAAAUGUUGCAUUAGACAAAUCCUGGGUCUAAGUCACUUUGGAAAUUAUUUGUCUUGUAUAAAGUCACUGUUCUGAAAACAUUACAGCUCACUCUUAACAGCAGUUCUCUAGGAAAUAUUAGCUUAAAAAAUAUCUCUGCCCACACUUACCUUCCUGUUUGUUUAAAAAACUGUUCCUCAAAUUCUCUUAAGGCUUUCCGAAGUCUCUUCUUGUCAGCCCUAGUUUCUCGGAGAUGGUCAAGAAGUACAGGCCUGUAUCAGGUAAAAUAUAUAUGCUCUGGCAUAACUGAGAGCUCAUCAUGAGCAGAGUUACCUAUUUAGCAAAAGCAUAUUAUGAUACAGAAGUGUUCUGCCUAAACGUGUGUCUUUUGAUUAAAUAUGACACAUGUAGAGCAUGACCACAGGGGAGCACAUCACCGAGGACAUUGCUUGAUGAAAAUAAUGUCCUAGGAAAAUGGAAAGGGCAGACAGGAGGCAAGCAGACUGAGUCCAUUAUAAAAAGUGGUGAGGGUAAAGGCCACAUGAAUGCAUGAGGGAGAGACAGACAUUUUGGAGGAAUACUCAUCAGCAUUUGGUGAUAGACUAAACAUAAGAGGCACAAAAGGGAGAGAUUUGAAAGAAAAUUCGACCCUUAAUCUAGAGUAUAGGGGGAGUGGCAAAACCCUUGGGAAUGAAACAAAGACCCAGAGAAAGCUAUAAUUAUGUCACAGAUUCUACUCACUUCAUUCUAAGACAAGAGAGAAAAGUCAGAUACUUCAGAGCAGGAAUUUUUAUCUGGGGAACUUGUGUCUGGUUCCAGAAAGUUUGUGAACUCCCUGAAAUUAUAUAUGGGCAUUUUCUAAAAAGUAAAAGAUUCCAUUGCUUUCAAAAAAGUCCAACAUCCCCCAAGAAGUUAAGAACAGCCAGCCAGCCAACCAACCAACCAAGAAAGAAAGAGGAGAAGAGGAGGGAAGAAAAGGAGAGAGGGAGCCAGGGAGGGAGGGAAAGAGGAGGAAAGGGAGGGAAGAAGGAAGGAUUGAUGUUCUGCUUCCAAACAGGUCACUCUUCUCUGAGCUGAAAUUAGGGUACCAACUGAUAGAAGCACACUAAAAUCUCAGCUUGCAACUUAGUGCUUGGUCUUACCUCAUAUUUAUGGGGGUUCCAUCCCUAUCUUGGGGCAUAUACUCACCACACUAUUAUACAUGUUAAAGAAAAUCUCAUGAUCUGGCCUGUAAUAUACAAACCAAAGAAGGCCAAAUGAUCAAGAGGAGUGCCAGCUACUGAAUAAUGAUAAUAACAAUAAUGAUAAUACUAAUGAAAAUCCAAACGACUCCUGACUGAGUGGCCAUUAGGAGGAAAAAGGUCAGCUCAUUUACUUAAGUCCCAAUCUGGAGAAACCAUUUUAUCUAAAUAGAAUAGACUAGGAUAACGGCCCUGACAACUGCUGACCCAACACAGGAUCCCAGUUCCUUUUGGUCCAGCAUUUUCAAAGGCCAACUCCGCUUUACACACUGCCAAGCAUUAGAUUGGUGCCAGACCCUGCUGAAAAGAUGUGCAAGUGUAGCAAAUGGACCAUUAGCAUUUAUGACAUCUUUGGGACCUUAUUGGGAGCCUUUGUUCCUCAUGGUUUUGUCUUCUCAAUUUUCCUGUUAAAAGGAUAACCAGAUUAUGCUUUCUGCUGGAUAGCAUUUUUUAGAGCAUGUAAUAGCUCUUCUGAAUUUUGUGUGUAUGGACAUAUAAUGUCCCCCAGACCAGAAGGAGUUCAAAGGAGACUCCACACUUAGGAUUCACACUCACAUGGUGGCCUCAUGUAAAUUGGACAUGGAGAGAGCUGGUUGUUUGAUUUCUUUCUUUUCAUCUGGUAGCAGGAGCCUAACAGGCUCAGUCUCAUUAGAGUAGGUGAGGUGGUCGCCAAUAGGAAGGUGGGAUGCUGGGUUUGGCAAAGAAGGUUGUUGGCUUCCCUGUGGACAGUCUUCAUCAGAGUCUUCUUCCUCCUGCUUAUCAUAGGAAGAAUUAAAGUUACAAAAUGCUAAGUGCCUCUUGAGGAAGCAAAAACAGGAAGGGGAACCAUAAAUAGACACAAUGAAAACAGUAGAUGAUCCCUGUGCCUACUGAGAACCAAGAAGGAGGCAACCAAGAGGAACUCUUGCUCAGUUGCAUCAAAAAACUUGCAGAAGUUAAUGAGCAAAGAAGCACCCAUCCUGGGCUAAAAUGCUCACCAAGCUCAGAUCUCUCUGCUGGGCCAAAGCAGGCACAGACAUCUAGGAUAUGUUCCAAUCUGGGCUGCAUUGCCUAGUAAUUCUUCCCUUUCACCCAGGCCUUCUGGGCCCCAGCUUCUUAACAGUUACAUGGGUUAGGGUGAGAUGGACCAGAGACUUCUUUUGUCAUCCAGAAAUACCCCAAAUCAGGUCCUGGUGUGGGCCACUUUCAGAUACAGAGAAUACUCAGAUAAUUGACAAAUUCAGGGAAGAGUUCUAUGAAGGCCAAAACAAAAUGGAGUUACUGCUUAACCUGUUCAGGUAAUGCUUAUCACAACCAAAAGAUUUUCUUGCAAGGAAAUCUGAAAAUCAUACCCCAUUUAAAAUUAUGCUUCCUUAAUUGGAAAAUUCCAAAGAGUAUGAAUCACUAUUGUCUUUGUCUUUAGAGUUGUGGAAAUACAAAUGUACUGAAGUAUACUUAAAUUUGAAUUUGUUAAUAUUUCUUUUAAUAUUGAUAUCUUGAGCAAGUGACUGUUCUAAUAUUGAUGGAGUAGGAUCUGUGGUGCUUUUCAAGUUCUGUAUUCCCAUAAAUCAUUCUUUAUUAAAAGUAGUCUAACUCA